AUGGACGAACAGGUCGAGCGCCUGGUCAAGAAGACCUGGGCAAAAUUUCUCUCCACCCCACCCGAUGCCCGCCUCAUGAUCGCCAUAAGCGGAAUCCCAGGCUCCGGCAAAACCGAACUCGCCAGCAUGGUCGCCAACCGAAUCAAUACACUCUACAACACUGAGAAUCCCAAUGCCGUUCCCAUCGCCAUCUCCCUCCCAAUGGAUGGCUACCACCUAACACGCGCCCAGCUCGCCGCAAUGCCAGACCCGGUCUAUGCCGCCGCCCGCCGCGGCGCAGCCUUCACAUUCGACGGACACAAGUUCCUAGCACUAGUGCAUUCACUGCGAGAAUCUCUCACAACCAAAGUAGACAGUAUUUACGCGCCUAGCUUCGAUCAUGCGGUCAAGGAUCCUGUGGAUGACGAUAUCCCCAUCCCGGCGACGAGUAGGGUUGUUUUCUUCGAGGGGAACUAUCUGAGUCUCAAUAAGGAGCCUUGGAGCCAGGCGGCGAAGUUGAUGGAUGAGUUGUGGUUUGUGGAUGUGGAUUUUGAGAUCGCGAGGAAGAGGUUGAUUAGGAGGCAUGUUAAGGCGGGGAUUGCGAGGGACGAGGAGGAGGCGGAUAAGAGGGCGAGGGAGAAUGAUUUGGUUAAUGGGAGGGAGAUUGUGGAUAAUAGAUUGGUGGUGCAGGAGGUUGUUUCGAGUAUAUAUGAUCCGGCUUGGGAGAGGCUGUAG